GAGACGGAAAAUCACCCUUUCGAAAAAAAUAAACCUGGAAUCGUCCUUAGCCGGUGUGUAAAGACGCCUCUUCGUCGGCGGCAACGUCUGCGCCGCAGACUAGGAAAGUUUUAAGAAAACGGCGUUCCGCAUAUUUCUUCCCCAGUCCAUCGGCGCCCUCAAGGUAGAUAAGCGCAGUUUUCUGCCGGGGCACAACCACACCGCAAAUGUUGAUCGUGGGAUAGUGAACCUGUUGAAAAAAUUUCGAAAAAUUUCGAAAAUCCCGAUGUGGUUGCCUCUGCCGACCUUCGCCGUACUCUGUGUACUUAUGGACGUUUACGAAUCGACGCAGGUGGACAACGAACUGGAACUGAUCUUCAAGCAGAGGUCGCAUUCAGAUUGGAGGGAAGCUUGGCACAGGGAAAAAUACGUCCGAUGUAGAGAAACAUUAAUAAAGCACCUGUUUUGGGCCUGCGAAAAUGACAUAUACAGAAUAAGCAGGAGAAGGCCUGAAAAAAGAUUCAAUAACAUUUUUGAUGAAGAUGCGAAAUAUCCUUGGAUUCCAGAGAAGAGGGCCAAGUUGUUCAUACGUUCGCGCAGGGGUAUCAACAGGCGUACCGGCUCUAUAACUUCAGAAUGUUGCAAAUCUUCAGGAUGCACUUGGGAAGAAUACGCUGAAUAUUGUCCAACAAAUAAACGUUAUACGUCAUAUGUUUGAUUCAAUUUUUUUAAUGUUCAAAAUUGUUUAUAAAUGAAUUGCGAGGAAUUCGCAUAAACAGAGGGGAAUUUUCUUGUUGAACACUUAUGUAAGUUUUUAACUGGAUGGGAGUUUUGAACGAGUAUUUGUUGUCUUAUCGUAUUUCUGUUAAUUCUUAUUUUUCCCAACAGGAGUUUUUUAACAUCUGAUGAUAAAUAAAAAGAGUAUAAUAUAUCUAGCAUUGAAAAAACCUUUUUCUUGUUAUGUGACAUCAAGUGGACUAUAAUCAUUGUAAAUACUACA